GCUUCGGACGAAACAUCAAAUCUUAGAUUAAAAUCAUCAUCAAAUUUUCUUGCUCAAUUUUCCGAUAAAAGUGACCUUGCAUCUUCUGUAACGAACUCUCGAAUGCGCUUGCUCAUCGAAAAUUUUGAUAGCAUCAUGAGAUUCAUUGGUUACAAGAAGGUUCUAAAUAAUCAGAAGGUAGAUCUGUCAAGCGAUAGGAAAUCAUUCGGUAAGAACGAGAAACAUUGA